AAAUAAACGCUUCAAAGCAAAUUGUUCGUUUGAUUUCAAUUUGGCCCGAAAAAGUGGUGAAACUUGGCAUUUCUCUGAAAGAAUUUGUGUCAAUUUUCGUGCCAAACCGAGCGGAACACCAAUUAAAUUCCUUGCCCAUUUAAUGAUGCAAAAAGUUCCGUUACGCCACUGCUUUGGGGGCCAAAUCCCACCUGCGUCUCCCUUCGUAUCUCUCUCUUCCCCUUGUGUUAGAACAGGACGGCCUGUUCAAUUUCAACCAGCUGGUGGUGAGUCAGUCGCUCGCCAUUUAACCCGGAUCAGUGACCUUUUCUGUCAAAAUGCGCCGCCCCCAGUCGUGUGACACCUUCGUGGUGUUGCCGCCCCUAACACAGCACGGGGUCGUCUUCGGCAAAAACUCAGACCGGCCUCAAGGAGAGGUCCAGGAAGUGGUUUACGUGCCCGCGACCCAAUCCUCGGAACCUGUCAAAUGCACUUACAUCGAAGUCGAGUCGGCUGGGGCCACCAAAGCGGUCAUCCUUAGCAAGCCGGGGUGGAUGUGGGGCGCCGAAAUGGGGGCAAACCAGUGUGGGGUGGUGAUCGGGAACGAGGCGGUCUGGACGGGCGACAAUGAGGGGGACCACGACCCCACAGUCAAAAGACUGCUAGGCAUGGAUUUGGUUCGACUAGGGCUGGAGAGAGGGGCCACUGCGGGCGAAGCCCUGGACGUUAUAACACAAUUAUUAGAAAAAUACGGGCAAGGGGGGCCUUGCUCUCAUAACGACCCUAAUUUUACCUAUCAUAAUUCGUUUCUAAUAGCUGAUCCUAAGACGGCCUGGGUGCUCGAAACUUCGGGGAAGCACUGGGCCGCUGUUGAAGUCACAAGUGGGUAUAGAAAUAUAUCAAACGUGUUGACCAUUACCACAAAAAUAGAUAAAAAGUCUGAAGGGCUAGAAGAGUACGCUAGAUCCAAAGGUUUAUGGAAUGGAGAGGGCGAAUUUAAUUUUUGUGAGGCCUUCAGUGGCGAAAAAAAGCCCGGCGAUGCCCGAUAUUUAGCCGGCGAGAAACUACUAGCGCAGCACACAAGUUCGAAUAAUUUCAAAGAGACCGAUAUGUUUGCAAUUCUAAGAGACAAAAAUUCGGAGAUUUGCAGACGCUGUGACGCCCCUUUCCCGACGCAAGGCAGCCAGGUCUCAGUUUUGAGUUCCUCGCGUCCUAGCGUGCACUGGUUCACCGCCACCCCCGAUCCUUCCGUUUCCGUUUACAAACCGUUUAUUUUUUCCCCAAAUGCGGUCAUUUCCAACCAUACGAAAUGUCCAGAAAGCGACAAAACAGCCCCACAUACCCUCUACUCGCUCCAUUCCCAGGCGGUGAAAAGGGGCAGCGACGUUCAGACUUUGCUGAGGAACAUGGAGGCUGACUGUGUGAAGGAGUUGGAGGCGGUUUUGGAGAAUGUCGGUGAUGAUCUCUCCGAAUUCGACGAAUUGCUCAAGGAUUGCGUCGAGACCGAAGUGAAGUUUUACCGUUAGGUUUUAUAUGCACGUUUUAUUGGAGUAGCUUUGAUAUAGUCGCUUGAUGCGUUAUCAGGAAUGUAACGGACAUUUCUGCUAUUUUGUAGCCAAAUAAUCGUUGUGAUGUGCUUAGAUGUGGCAAUUUCAGAGGUUGUGGUCUCUUUGCAUGCUUCAUCGAGGUUUUUUUGUGAUAUGUUUCGUUCGAGAACAGUGACGUUUUUAGGUAUUAUUUUAUUUUUUUAUUACAUAUUUAAACAAUUAUACACAUAACUACUCAAGAUAUGUUACAUCAUGUAUUGAUUGAGCAUUGUUUGCACAUUCCAUAAAUAAAGUGAGCAAGAUCAA